CCCGGCCCGCGCCUGGCGGGGCUCAGACAGCCCCAUGCCCCGGACUACCCCUCCGUGCCAUGUCGGGGCGCUUCGUCGUCCGUCGCGACCCCUCGGCGCCUCUCUGUGUGGGAGGGAUAGACGGAAAAGGAGACGGAACGACUCCGGAUAGAACUACAGCUCCCGGCGUGCACUGGGCUACAGAGCACUCAACCGGGCGGGGGGAGUCGGUGAAGAUGGCGGCUGCUAAGCGGAGCCGGAUGGGAGGCUGAGUUUCUUAUGUUUUUACAAAACUGAAGACAGAUCCCCGAUUAACAAUGCCUGGCAAAAUGGCUUUGCAGCUAUCAGUCGAUUAAUCUUCAUGUGCAGCCUUGUUUGCUAUUGAUUUCUGAAUCAUGGGACGAAAGGGAGUUUGCUGCUGCUGUGCUGCGCUGCGACCUCGCUACAAGCGUCUGGUAGACAACAUCUUUCCUGAAGAUCCAAAAGAUGGUCUUGUUAAAGCUGACAUGGAGAAACUGACUUUCUAUGCAGUUUCUGCACCAGAGAAGCUGGAUCGAAUUGGGGCUUACCUGGCAGAGAGACUGACCAGGGAUGUGGCCAGACAUCGCUAUGGUUAUGUUUUAAUUGCCAUGGAGGCACUGGACCAACUUCUAAUGGCUUGCCAUUCUCAAAGCAUAAAACCAUUCGUGGAAAGUUUCCUUCAUAUGGUGGCCAAGCUUCUGGAAUCAGGCGAACCAAAGCUGCAAGUCCUUGGGACUAAUUCUUUUGUCAAAUUUGCCAACAUUGAAGAAGACACACCUUCAUAUCACAGACGUUAUGACUUCUUCGUGUCCCGGUUCAGUGCCAUGUGUCAUUCCCGUGACCCUGAUCCAGAAAUACAAAAUGAGAUCCGAAUUGCUGGAAUCAGGGGCAUUCAGGGAGUGGUUAGAAAAGCAGUUAAUGAUGAGCUUCGAGCAACCAUAUGGGAGCCCCAGCACAUGGACAAGAUAGUGCCAUCACUGCUGUUCAACAUGCAGAAAAUAGAGGAUAUUGACAGCAGAAUAGGCCCCCCAUCCUCUCCUACAGUAGGAGUGAAAGAAGAAAAUCCUUCUGUGCUGGCUGAGAAUUGUUUCAGGGAACUACUGGGACGAGCAACCUAUGGAAAUAUGAACAAUGCUGUCAGACCAGUUUUUGCGCAUUUAGACCAUCAUAGACUAUGGGAUCCUAAUGAAUUUGCUGUUUCCUGCUUUAAAAUCAUCAUGUAUUCUAUACAGGCACAAUAUUCCCAUCAUGUAAUACAAGAAAUCCUUGGACACCUUGAUGUCCGCAAAAGGGAUUCACCACGAGUUCGUGCUGGCAUUAUUCAGGUUCUUCUGGAAGCAGUUGCAAUAGCAGCAAAAGGAUCAAUAGGCCCAACAGUUCUGGAGGUUUUUAAUACCUUGUUGAAGCACCUGCGCAUCAGCGUUGACUUUGAGCUGGGUGACCGGCGCAGUUCCUGUGAAAGCACCACUUUAAGCAUAAGCUCCAAGGAGAGUGAUGAGAGGAUUGUCCAGAAUGCAAUUAUUCAAACAAUUGGAUUUUUUGGAAGCAAUCUACCAGAUUACCAGAGAUCAGAGAUUAUGAUGUUCAUUAUGAGCAAAGUACCUGUUUUGGGAACAACUUCACAAUCGCUGGAUCCUAGUAACCUUGGAGAUUUGGGAACCAGGAGGAUUCAAAUCAUGUUAUUGAGAUCUUUACUUAUGGUGACUUCAGGAUACAAAGCCACAACAAUAAGUAAUGCACUUCCUGCCCCCUUUCUGGACCCGUUGCUGUCUCCUUCACUCAUGGAGGACUCGGAGCUGAGGCAGCUGGUGCUGGAAAUCCUGCACAACCUCAUCGAUCGGCACGACAAUAGAGCCAAGCUCAGAGGGAUCAGAAUAAUACCAGAUGUUUCUGAUCUAAAGAUAAAACGAGACAAGAUUUCAAGGCAAGACGUGAGCUUCAUGAAAAAGCAUGGUCAGCAGUUGUACAGACACAUCUACCUAGGCUGCAAAGAAGAAGACAAUGUCCAGAAGAACUUUGAACUCCUGUUUACAUCUCUAGCUCUUACCACAAUAGAACUGGCCAAUGAAGAAGUGGUUAUUGACCUCAUCCGAUUAGCGAUUGCCUUGCAGGACAUUGCCAUCAUCAAUGAGGAUAAUCUGCCAAUGUUUAAUCGUUGUGGAGUCAUGGCAUUGGUUGCAGCAUAUCUAAACUUCCUGAGUCAGAUGAUUGCAGUGCCUGCCUUCUGUCAGCAUGUCAGCAAGGUCAUUGAAACCAGAAGUGUGGAAGCAGCUUAUUUUCUACCAGAAACAAUUUUCAAAGACAAAUCCAAUCUUCCAAAAUCCUUAGAGAAGGAUGAAACAGAUCUGUUUUUCCUGACAAACAAGAUUGCAGAAUCAUUAGGAGGCAGUGGAUACAAUGUGGAAAGACUGUCAGUUCCAUAUGUGCCCCAGGUAACAGAUGAGGACAGACUCUCCAGGAGGAAGAGUAUGGUGGACACAGUGUCUCUUCAGGUGGAUAUUCUGUCUGGCUGCAACAUAGAGGAUAAGGUUGAUAAUACUGAAGAAAUCACCUUUGAAGCUUUGAAGAAAGCCAUUGAUAACAAUGGACUUGAAGAACAGGAAAAGGAAAAGAGGCGUCUCGUGAUUGAAAAGUUCCAAAAAGCACCAUUUGAAGAAAUUGCAGCUCAAUGUGAAACCAAAGCAAACUUGCUUCACGAUAGACUGGCACAGAUACUGGAACUCACCAUCCGUCCUCCACCCAGCCCCUCAGGAACGAUGACCAUGACUGCUGGACAUCCUCAUUACCAUUCUGUUCCAGUCUAUGAGAUGAAGUUUCCAGAUCUUUGUGUGUAUUAAGUGUCUUCUGAAGUCUGCUGGACAUUAUUUAGAGUAGAGUACAAUAGAAAGAACAAGAUGAGUUUUCAAAUUUUAUUGUUUAUUGUAUCUAACUUUAAUAUAAUGAUGGACAUGAGCCAAAUACAGAUUACUUUAGCCAAAUUAAUGAAACUGUCUUGAAUUGUUUUAUUCUGUAAUAUAUUUUGAGUUAGGUUUUUCACAGACCAUGUUUUUUUCAUUUUCAUAUUUGAGUACAUGUAAAAGAUUUAAAACUUGUCUUGCCAUAUAGGUAAAUAUUUCAGUUACUCUAGGAAUUUGUAUUGCUUCAAAUUCCUUAAAUUUGAGAUAUUGUAACUGAAAAACCUAUUAAAGCCUUUUUUUGGUUUGGUUUGGGUUUUGGGUUUUUUUGGGUUGGUUUUUUUUUGGUUGGUUGUUUUGUUGUUUGUUUGGUUGGUUUUUUUACUCCUCCACCUCAAUUCUAUGUCAAACUAGAAUGCUUUUGGCUUGCUUUAUCUCAUUCAAUGUAACCAGGGGAGCCCUACCUGAGCUCCCUCUUGUUCCUGCUGUCAUAGCUGCUCAACUUGUUUGGUUUGGAAUAGAUGGAAAAACCAACACCUUACAUGUGUUCAAAUACAGUGAAUGAAUUAAUGAGCACUUGUUAAGUAUAUUUUGAUGCAUCACAUAACAUGCUUUUUAGAUAGCUACAUCCAGUAUGUGUACUGUGUUUCUUGCUAAAAGUUAAAUCUUAAGCUUUGCAUAAGAGAGGAGAAAUCUCCUCUUGAAGCACGGAAUUGUGCAAUAUAUUUCGUGUCUUAAGAUGUAUGGUUUACAGACUGUACUUUUGAAAACACUGUAGUAUUUUACUGUCUGCUUUAGUAUAAAUACAGGAGAGAUAUAUUUAGUACAGCAGAAAAUAAACUGAGGGCAUUUUAAAUCAUAAAUACUAAAACUAUAUUCUGUGAGACAUUUCUCUGUAGUUUAUAACAGCUUUUUAGUGAUAUUUUAGAAAUUGAAAGUAAACUCAAUGAAACCAUUUAAAGAUCAAGAAUUUAUUACAUAUAUUUUCAAGCAAAAGCAUUUUUAGAGAUGCAUCUCUGUGUUUGUUUUUGUUUCAUUUCUCAAACCUUUAAGGUAAAUUUCAUAGGUUUAUGUAUCUGAGCAUAUACUAUUCAAAUGUAAGUAAAGUAAAACUGAUAAAGUAAAUCAUGGACAUUUGAUAAUAAUUAUCAAGCUUGUCUUUAUGACUCACUAAAUCCUGCCAGCAAAAAAAGAAAAACUGCAUUCAUUGAUGCCAUGAAUAGUAAAUCUGAAGUCCCUUAAUUUAUCUGAAUCUGACUGCAGCAGUGUAAACAUGAAUGAAUGCUCUCAAAUACCAAUAAUAAAUGUAGACAUUUAAUUAAGUGUUUUGGAUGAACAGUGAACAUGAAGAAAGUAACUGAACUUCAGUUAGGCCUGCUUUGAGCAGAAGCUUGGUUUAGAUGACUUUCAGAAGUCCCAACCUAAAUUAAUCUUUGAUUGCAUAAGUCAUGAUUUGAAGGAUUAUUAGCCCUGCUAAUUUGCUGACUGAAGCAUUUGCAAAUCCAUUGUAAAGAGGAUUUUAAGUUUUUUGAACAGUAGUCCAGAAUUGUACUGGACUACAUUUAAAGGCCUGAUGUGGAAUGACAUAGGGAAAUAUCAGCUACUUAAACCUAUGAGAUGACAUGCUGAGUUUCAGAAAGCAUUCACAAAGCUCAAAAGGUAAUUGAGACCUUCUUUUCAGUUUAACAGUGCAAUCACAGCUGUUAGUGGAUGACGAAACAACCCCUUAUCUACAGCAUUCCGUUGUGAUUUUUACUGCUGCAGCGUGUCAGCCUGAUCAGACCACAGUCUACACAUAAAUAGGACUCUAGCUUUUAGUUUUCACUUUUUUUUCCCUUUUUUUUUUAAGGUAAGACUAAGAGUUUUUGGCCUGUAUAAAGACUGUAAUUUUUUAAAAAGUACAUCCAACAUAGGGAUACAAUGUAAAAAACCUACCCACUCUGUCAUUUUUUUAAGAGUAACACUUGGCACUUUUGUACAAAAAGAAAGAGUCUUAAGUAAUACAGAAUGUACUUCUGUUUGCACUUGUGCAGUAUGGAGACUGUGCUGUAAAUACUGGAUUGUUUCUGUGAUUGAAUUCUGUUGCAUGAAUGCUGCAUGUGGAAAAACUAGAUUCAGCACUUCAUUUUCUGUUCUGUUAAUGAAGUAUUUUUCCUUUAUGGUAAUGGUAGGUUUCUGUGUUUCCAAUAUUCAGUUUGGGAAAUGCAGGUGUUGUGCAGGUGUAGUGCAGGGAGUAAAGAGUUUGUAACACUCUGUGUGUUCAUAUAAUAUUUCAUUUCUUCCUUUACGGAAAUUCAGGGAGUCUGUAAGUUGAUAAUUGGUUCACUGAGGAGUCUGUAAGUUGAUAAUUGGUUCACUCUGGCCUUUCUAGACACAUGGGAGAUGGGAGUGACUGUAAAAUGUAUUGGUUUGGUAGUUACUGUUAUAUGAGCCAAUGAAUGAAACCAAAAGAAUUAAGAAUGCUGUUUGUUGUAUAGUACAAAGCUGCUUUGUUUCACUUCUCUUUAUGUUCUUCAGACAAGCUGCAGAACUUAAAAGCUCCUUAUGCAAACUGGCCCUGUGUUAUCUGCAACACACUGAGCACUGUCUUAAUGGUUAUAAUUGGUACCCAGUUUAAAUGUAUUCCAGCUGUUGCUUGGGGUUCUCUUUCCUAUUAUGUCAUCUCGAAAAAAAUACAGCUUUUGGUAGUGAGUCACUUUAAGAUAGAUUAAAUUCAUGGUCAUACUAAAAGGUAGAAAUAGCCUGUUGUCCAAAACCAGAGUAGGGCUAAUUUUUCUGUUGUUCCAAUGGUAAUAUAUUCUGUACUGUAUGUAAUGAACCAGUUUCAAUAAAUGUAAGAACACACUGUGCAAUCUAUAUUUAAGCAAUAAAAUAAACCAACAUUUAAAAA